AGUUACUUUGAACUAGUGCGGGAUUAUUCACAUGAUUAGGGAAUAAAAGUUUAUGUUAGCCGUAAAUAACUUUUAAGUGAUUGGGAAAAGUUGGACAAACUUUGAUGCUGAUUAUCGACUGCUGUUUUGUUCGUCCUUAUGAAGCGUAAACUAUGUACUGUCCCGACAUUCAACUGUGACGACGACAUGGAGGAACUAAAUGUUGCUGCUCUAUCACAUCGUAAAGAAUCUGCCGCACCUCUCACGGCAGAGCGAGAAGGCAACAUCCUCGGUCGUGCUCUCACAUAUCCCCUAGCUUUGGUCUUGCGACUCCGAGUAUUGCAGAUCGUAUGCGGCAUUUCGACGAUGGUGAUGGGCAGCGUGGCCUUCAUAGAGGAACGACAGAAGUUCAACAUGGGACUCGGCAUCCCCGCCGGCAGCGUCAGCAUACUAGCUGCUGCGGUCUCAAUUCAUACGUCCCGAGGCUGGGGUGUGGCCACGAACAGCGCGACAGCGGGUGCGGUAGCGGGUCUGACGCUGUGGGCGACUUCAGGCUGCCUCCUCAUCGCGCUGAUCGUUCAAUGCUGUCGCACUAUUUUGGACCCUCCAGGAUUAAAUCACGGAGAUGGCCCAGCGGAAGAGGAUUCUCAGCCAUCAUCGCGUGACCUCAUCGUGAUCGGGUGUGUGCAGAUCAUCCUGGCGAUAUCGACGCUGCUGAGCGCGGUGGUGUGCGCCCGGAUCGACUACACCACAUGACAUGAGUCCGCGGGCGCGCUCGCUCGCCGCCGAGUCAGCGAAGCGCCCGCUGUCGCUACCGCCGCCAAUGUUUCCCCACCCCACGCCGAACGCGAGAAGGGCGGGCGAGUGGCUUGGCUUAUAUAAACUUUCGUCCAUUAUAUUCACACCCUAAUGAUGUAACUACCUGGAACAGCAAGUGAAGUUUUGAAAGUGACAUUACCA